CAUACAUACAAGAUAUAUACAGUCAUGUCAAAGUCAGCCAUUCAGAGAGAUUGGGAAGAGAGAGAGUUCAUCGAAGGCAUCACCAUCAACAUUCAAAAGAUCAUUGACUUUUUGAACAAGUUUGAACUGUCAACAAGAAAUAAGCUGGCGACUGUUAAUGAGAAGCUGUCGAUAUUGGAGAGACAGGUGGACUAUCUAGAGGCAUCGAUGAAGACUGUAGCAGAAUAA